AUAUUUCUGGUUAUGUUUUUCUAUCAGAUCCCGGCCUACAAUCACUUGAGAAAGGCAUCUGUAACAAUUUCCUUUUUCCAAAUGUCUACCAAGAUUGCUACGAUGUUGUCAACAAUAAAUAGCUGAAUAAGUGGUUAAUUCCACAGUCGACAAAUUGUAGCCUGCGUAGCAAGCGUUUCCGUAGUUGAAGCUUCUUCCGCAUUCUGGCUGCGUGCAAAUUGCUCUCGCUCCAAUUUGCGCGCGCCCGCCAGAAUGCGGAAAAAGCUCUUCGUAUCAUGGGAACCCUUGCUAAGCAGGCUACCAUAUUUACGGCAUCCUGUUACAACUAGCAAAUGAAGAGAAUAUUCCAAAGAUGUACUUUGUGCUUAUAAAAAUCUCUGAAAGUAGUAGCUAGUAGUUUGCAGGCACAAAAAGUUUCUUGCCCCCGACGGCGCCCUCGACACAAUCUGAUUGGCGGAGUGAAGACUGGAACUAUCGAAGGUAUCGCUGACCAUUUUCCCGCGGCGCAGACCAACAUGGCGUCCAAGCGGAUCAUAACAGGGCAAGCAAUGUCAUCACUACAAUCAAGUUUACCUUUAGGCCUUUCAGCUGCGUUAAGAGAAGAGAAGAAGACUACCAGGCCAACUAGUGUACAGCAAUUAAACGAAAUAUCCAUAACGUUACAAGGGCAGCAAACUGUCCAGGAGAUCGUCAAUAAAGCGACACAGCUGUUCCAAUGUUUGCAAGAGACAAGCAUGGUGGUAGACGAAAAGUCGAAACAAGAAGUACGGAAUAACAACAAGAAAGUACAGGAGACUUUGAAUGGCUUGAAAGAGCUGUUCUCCCGCCUGAGGAUUUUCUAUGAUGAAAGUAACAGGCGUAUAGAAAUCCCACAUGGAGAAGAUUUAGAGGUCAUGAUUCCCUUGAAAUCUUCAGAGGAGGAGCCUGAGAUGGAAACCUCCAAUGAAUCUACUGCUCUCCAGAUUGAACAUGACACACUUCAAGAGAAACUCCGAAGCAAGAAUCAGGAAAUUAAAGACCUAAUUGACAAACUUAGAACAUUGAUGUGGGAUGUUAACACCAUGAUGGCUCUUAAACCAAGCUGAUUUUCCACUGACAGCUUGUGUGAACAUGACAAUGAAUAACAACGAAGAGAAUAAAACCUACUACAUUCUCAAACUCAAAAUAUUGCAGAGGAUCCAGGUUGCUGUCCUCUCUUUGUCACGCAAUGCUACCCUGUAACGUUGUGUGACAGAGAGGGCCAAACUGUUCUGCAGUGACUUGUAAUAAGGUGAACUGAUUCCAGAACUAUAUGUACACGGGACACUGAGGGAAAUCCCGAUUUUUCAAACCUCCCUGCAAUUCAUUGCUCCCCUAGCAACAAAGUUGGGAGUUCGAACCUCCUGAUUUUUCGAGCCAGUUUCUUAUUCCUUAUGUGGCAUGAAAACUCAGGGUUUCAUAUCUGUACUUGUAGACCUUUUGAACAAAAUAGGCUCUUGAAAUUUUAUUCAAAUGAGUCACUUCAUACGUUCUUAAACUUGUUAUUUUCAGUCAUUUUCAAGCUUCCUCAUUACAAAGGAUAAAUGGAUGCAAUUUUACACCGCGUGUUUCUUGACUUGAAUUUAGAUUUCUACUUUUAACAUCUUGGCAGUCUUUGAUCUGGACAUCAGCGUGGAAACUUACGUUGGAGAUUGUCAGAAA